AUGUAAUUAUUUUUUUAGUUUUUGGGAUUACUUUUUACAAUAGUAUGUUAAGAUCCUAAUGAUGCAGUAUUUUCAUAGUCAAUAAAUGUAGUCUUAAAUGGUCAAUUAAAACACUAUUUUGUUGGUAAUGUUGUAGUACAUGCAUCAAGCAGAUAAGAAAAAAACGAAUAUUUUCCAGAUGAUUCAACAACUUUUGAUGAUGAUGGAACACCUGAAUUCAUAGAAUAUUUAGAACCUUAUGAUUAUGAUUAAUUUAUUGAUCUUAAUGAUUUAAGAGUUUCUAGAAUAUAUCCUGAUGUUAAUAAAAAUUAAGUAUUGCCUUACGAUAUUUAAAAAGGUAAUAUGAGCAACUAUAUGGUUAAAAAAUAUCUUGGAGAUGGUACAUUUGCUUUUGUUUAAAGUGCUAUUAGAUUGAGUGAUGGAUUACCUGUUGUAUUAAAAUAAAUCAAAAAAGAAUAUACAUGGUGGGCUAAAAUGGAAGCUAAAGUUUUAAAUACACUCAAUUAAGAGAAUAAUCCUAAUAUUGUUUAAAUGGUUGAUGCAUUUUUUAAUGAAUCCAGUCCAGUUCUUGUUUUUAAAGAACUUUAGAAUUGUACAACUUUUGAUUACAGAAUAUACAAUUAUUAUCAUGACUUAACCUCUUCGGAUAUUAAAUAAUUAUACUAUAAACUAUUUCAAGCAUUAGCUACAAGUCAUUCAAAAGGAAUUAUGCAUUUAGAUAUCAAACCUGCAAAUAUUAUUAUCAAUGAUGAUUAAAUUCAAUUGAUUGAUUGGGGAGUUAGUGAUUUCUAUUUCCCUAUGAAAGAAUAUCGAACUAGGGUAGGUACUCGUCAUUAUAGAGCUCCAGAAUAAUUAAUUCAUUACAAAUACUAUAAUUAUGCAGUUGAUGUAUGGGCUCUUGGUUCUAUUUUUGCAACUGCUGUUUUUAAGAAAUAUCCAUUCUUUAAUGGAAGAAAUAAUGAUGAUUAACUACUUAAAGUAGUUAAAGUUUUAGGUUCUGAAGAUUUCUUUAAAUUUUGCUAUAAAUACAAUGUUCGUGUUCCUAAUGAUCUUUAUCAAAAAUUGAGGAGCUAUGAAAAAAUACCUUUAGAAAAAUUUAUAAAUGAUGAAAAUAAAGAGUUAGCAACACCUUAAGCUAUUGAUUUACUGAAUAAAAUUUUUGUUUAUGAUCAUGCAUUUAGAAUAACUGCUAAAGAUAUUUUACAACAUGAAUAUUUUAAAGAUUUAUGA